AAUACAUACUGUCUGUGGGGUGGGGGAUUCAGUAAAGAAAGACGCAUCCUCUCCUGUAGCUCAGUCAAAGGAGUGUUAAUUUUAUUUAAUUUUUUAUUCAGGGUUUGGUUGUGCACCAGAUUUAUCAACGGGUUCAAAUACUUACACAAUUUCAGACCAGGAGCGUGCACGAGCCAAAGGAAGAAAACAGAGCGCGCGCCUCACUCAAAUUCUUCAGACGAACUGCAGUCUGCAGAACCGCGAACGGGAGCACGCAGCGAAGGAAUAAAGUACGCUCAUGCGGCGGUAACGAAUUGCCAGUUGAAGGGAAAAAUAAACCGAUACAAAGAGAUUCCAGUCUACAAUGGAGAUUGACAGUCUACUGAAACAGGAGUUUGUCAGUGUCUGGGUCCGGGAUCCACAGUUCCACAAAGAUGACUUCUGGCACACGCAUGUCGACUAUGAGGUCUGUUUAAAUACCAAUAGCAUGUGUUUUAGGAAGAAGGCUUCUUGUGUGCGGAGGCGGUACAGUGAGUUUGUUUGGCUCCGGCAGCGUCUGCAGGACAACACUAUGCUCGUAGAGUUGCCCAAACUGCCUCCCUGGAACCCUUUCUUCAGUCUGAACAACCCCUACAAGGUCAACCAGAGGAUGGAGGGCCUGCGGGAGUUUCUAGAGAUUGUCCUCCAGGACCCCUUGCUGCUGUCUGACAGUAGAGUGCACCUGUUCCUCCAAUCCCAGCUGAGCAUGACCAAGAUGGAGGCGUGUGUCUCGGGCCAGACACGCUACACAGUGGCUCAGGCCAUCCAAAUGUGUAGUGACUGUCACCGCACACGCUUCCCCAUAGAGAAGAGCAGCAAGGUGUACUUCGACUCAGACUGCGAAAGCACCACGUCGUCAAGUCUGGGCCAUGACUCGGGGGUCCCCCAGAGCCCCAGCCCCCUACCCUUUGACUGUAGCACCUGUGAAAAUGAUGACGGCAACAUUACCAUCCGGGAUGGAGGAUUCUUCAGCAGUCUGUCAGAGUCCUCGUGUGACCAGGAACACAUGGAGCCCUAACACAAACCACUUCCACACGCACAAAGGGGCUGUUUCCUGGACUAAGAUUAAGCCUAGUCCUGCACAAAAAAAUAAUGCUAAAUGGAGAUUCUCAAUUGAAAGUGAUAUUUAAUCCAGGACUAGGCUUAAUCUUUGUCCGGGUAACCGCCCCAAGGACUGUUUGCUGCUGUUCCAGGUGUGCUUCUCAAACCUCUGUUGGAAUUCUGUGUCCCAAUCGGUCUUUUUAAAAUAUUUGAGCUAUACGUUUUCUUAAUGGAUAUAUAUUCUAUUGAUGCGCCCUCCAUUGUGGCCCGACUAGUGUUGCUAGUGAAUGAGUCUCUUGUCCAAAACGGAACGUUGUCUUAAUGCAAUAUCUGUCUUAAACUCUUAACUUGUGCCUUACAUUUUGUACUUUAAAAAAAAUGUUGUGUAUAUAACUGUUAACCUGCAAUGAUACUGGGAAAGAUUCUUAAAUUAUACUUUUUUUUAUUUGCACUAUUAAACUGUGCUCUAAGGUUAGCAAGGGAUGCAAAGUGUAUGUUGUAUAGGCUCACUUUUAAACAAAGAUUUGUGAAAUA